AUGUUUUUGUUUACAGCACGCAGAGACAUAUGCUUUAAAGAUUCUUGCUACACAUUUACGCCAACGGGAAAUACAUGGCCAGAGAACAGAAAAACCUGUAAAGACAAAGGGGGAGACUUGGUCGCUAUGGAAGAAGAAGAAGAGUGGCAGUUCGUUAAUACAGAAAUUCAGAAACGCACCAUUCCGAAACCCAUGGAAUAUCACAUUGGUUUGUUAAAAGAGGAAGGAGUUUGGAAGUGGGUCAAUGGACGACCACUGACAAUUAACAAGUGGCAAAAAAUAGAGCCAAAUUAUCGGCAGCCGUCUGGUGAUGGAGAUGUGGCGGUAAUGUCGAAGGAUUACCCUGAAUUCACGCAAGGAUUGUUUACUGACCUCCCAAAAGAUAUGAAGAGACCAUUUAUAUGUGAAAUACCAAAAGGUAAGAGGAGUGAGCCAAAUUUAUGA